AUUAAAGUGCCCAAUUGAUUGAAAAUUAAUCAAAAUAAAUGAAUAACUGACGAGCACUGAACCAUUCCUUCCCAAAAAUGGCCGCCGCACCCGCAACACCACCCUCUUCUACAGCCACUACCAUUACCACCUUCGCUCUACCCAAACCGUUUCUCUCCUCCAAAUUGCCGUUCCGCUUCCACCAAUUUACCCCCUCCUGCCCUUCCAAGGCUCUAUCUUCUUUUGCUGUAUCUUGCUCCCUAGACAGCCGGGCCCUCCAAAUGGCUACCGGUACUUCUCUCCUUCAGAGACCCGAUUCCUUCGGCCGCUUCGGCAAGUUCGGCGGCAAGUAUGUCCCCGAAACCCUCAUGCACGCCCUCUCCGAGCUCGAGUCCGCCUUCCACUCCCUAGCCGCCGACGAGGGCUUUCAGAAAGAACUGAAUGCAAUCCUGAAAGAUUAUGUUGGAAGGGAGAGUCCUCUUUACUUUGCGGAGAGGCUAACUGAGCAUUAUAAGCGUCCAAAUGGUGAAGGCCCGCACAUUUACCUUAAGAGAGAAGAUCUGAAUCACACGGGGGCUCACAAAAUCAACAAUGCUGUUGGCCAAGCUUUGCUUGCCAAGCGAUUGGGGAAAAAUCGGAUAAUUGCUGAAACUGGAGCUGGUCAGCACGGGGUCGCGACAGCAACUGUUUGUGCUCGGUUUGGUAUGCAGUGUAUCAUUUAUAUGGGUGCGCAAGAUAUGGAGAGGCAAGCACUUAAUGUCUUCAGGAUGCGGCUUCUUGGGGCUGAGGUUAGAGCAGUUCAUUCUGGGACAGCCACCUUGAAAGAUGCUACGUCAGAAGCUAUCAGGGACUGGGUAACUAAUGUUGAGACGACUCAUUAUAUUUUGGGAUCUGUUGCUGGGCCACAUCCAUACCCCAUGAUGGUUCGAGAGUUCCAUGCAGUAAUUGGUAAAGAAACCAGAAAACAAGCACUGGAAAAAUGGGGAGGGAUGCCAGAUGUUCUGGUAGCAUGUGUAGGUGGAGGUUCAAAUGCCAUGGGAAUCUUCGAUGAGUUUGUUGAUGACAAAGAUGUUAGGUUGAUUGGUGUGGAGGCUGCAGGCUUUGGAUUGGACAGUGGCAAACAUGCUGCUACCUUGACAAAAGGAGAAGUGGGGGUUUUGCAUGGAGCUAUGAGCUAUUUAUUACAGGAUGAGGACGGGCAAAUCAUUGAACCGCAUUCCAUAAGUGCUGGCUUGGACUAUCCUGGGGUUGGACCAGAGCACAGUUAUUUGAAAGAUACGGGCCGUGCCGAGUAUUAUAACAUAACUGAUGAGGAAGCAUUGGAAGGUUUCAAGAGAUUAUCGCGACUAGAGGGCAUAAUCCCUGCGCUGGAGACAUCUCAUGCAGUGGCUUACUUAGAGCAGCUGUGCCCUACUCUCCCAAAUGGAACCAAGGUUGUGGUUAAUUGCAGUGGCAGAGGGGACAAGGAUGUGCACACAGCUAUCAGGCGUCUGCAGAUUUAGAUGGUACUCUUCAUGUAUUCCUAUCCUUACUCUCCCAAAUGAAACAAAAGGUUGUGGUUGAUUGCAGUGGCAGAGCUAUCGAUCAAUCAAUUUCUAGAUUGUGUGCCGUUUACGAAUAAACAAUCACAUCUCAAAUAACAAACUCAAAGUUCAAUGGGUCUUAUAGGUACCGAACAAUUCAUUCCAAAAGUAUCUGGAACAGUAUAUAUAUUUGUUUUUUCUUUUUUUUUUUUUAUUGCGUUUUUUUAAUCAUUAUAAACAUUUAAAAAAAAUUAUAACAUUAUUUAAAAACAAUUCCUUAAUCACCAAGUACAAAAAAAAAUUUCGGAGCACUCUUUCGAGAUAAAUAGCAUUUCUAAAGUUCAAUUAAUUUUUAGAUUAGGGUGACCUCCCAAAUAGUGCCUCCAGAGAUAAGGCCAACCUUGUUUUUGUUUUUGUUUUUUUUUUUUUCAAAACAUUUUUUAAAACUCUUUAAAUAUUUUUAAAAAGAUUUAAAAAAAAAAAAACCAAACGGUGACUUUUUUAUGUGAGAAUAUAGUUUACCUUUAGUUUAAUACGUAGAAGAUACAAAUGCAUUUCUUUUUAAAUGGUUGUUUAUAUGCGGAUUCUUUCCCAUUCCCUAUAACAUUUAUGAAUUUAAUAUAAUCAUGUUGCAAGCCAAGGACAAUAAAAUAUUGCAAUCUCCCUACGAAACCACCCUACGUAAAAAUCUGGGUCUUAAAAUAAUGGAUGUCCCCAUCCAACAUGGAAAGAUUACUCACUAAAGCCAACUUGUGCGCGGGCCCUCCAAUCUGCCAAAAGCAUAUGCCGUUUGUGUCUUCUUAUUACAUCAAAGGGAUACCUCCAAAACCACUCUCAGAAACAUCUCCACAUCUGCAAUAUCAUCGAAAUAUCUAAAAGCAAAAAUUCUAAAAGACACAAAAUACCAACAAAUUUUAGUGCAACUGCAAAUUGAAAUUGCUUGUUUUUCCAAAACGGUCAAGGACUUGAGGAAUUGUCCUUGUUUUAUUCUAAAACUCUCCUAAAAAGCCGCUAUUACUUUACCCUUAUGGCAAUAAUACUGUCUCCAAAACUAAUAAUUAUCAUCUACAACAUGACAAACGGUAAGUUCAAAAAGACACAAAAAAAAAAAAAACAAA